AUGCCGCAGGGGUAUAACAUUCUGCCAAAUCCCAUGGCCUCUGAUGAGGUCGUCGUCCAGCUGCUCCUGACGGGAGGCGGCAGUGCCUACACCUGGAAGUCCCGCACUGAGCUCGACCAGAAGGAACGCACUGAACACCAGAGUGAAGCAGCGAAGACCGCGGAACGGAAAGUUGGAGAAGACACACCCAGCAAUAGCACGGUCACAGUCAGCGCUGGCGCUGAUAGCGUCAACGGCAUAGGAACACCGCCGAUAACGAUGACCCCUUUAGUCAGGGAAUUCAGCCAGUCGCUGAUCAAGGAAGAGCUGCAAUGUGGCGCUGCGAAUCGGAGAAGAACUAGUCCAUCUUCCGCGUGGAGGUAG